AUUUAUCAGUCAAAUUUUAUGGACUGUGAUUUAAAGAUUUUAUAUAUAGUUGACUUUCAUAUGAUUAAAUAUUUGCAUGACUACUAUACAAUCCCCAAAUCUCCCAUUAACUAAUAUUUUCCUUUGCGGGAGUAUUAUUUCUACAGUUUGCGUCGGCAUUUGGUUAUUUAGAACAAUGUCGCGCAAGAGGCAAGAGCUACGAGUGGUAAUGAGAUCUGAAUUUACGAAUAGUUUUCUCCUGAAAUUCGGUUAUCUGUUGUAUAUUAAUACACCUCUGGGUAAUUAUCUCUUCCAAAAAUCCGUAAGAAGAGCUAGGAGAAGAUUUGGUAACAGAGGACAUUCUAUUACUCAGAAUCAUGAUUAUGGGGAAUUGAAUGUAUUACCAAUAGCUAUUGCAGAAGACAAUUACAGUUAUUUAGUUGUUGAUAAAACAACUAUGAAAGGAAUCUUAAUUGAUCCCUCCGAUCCAGAUGUUGUGGUGGGAAUUUGUAAAAGAUUACAAGUUGAUUUGACCGCAAUACUAUGUACACACAAGCAUUGGGAUCAUGCAGGUGGGAAUAAAGUCAUAAAGCAUCUCUUUCCGAAAAUUCAAAUAUUCGGUUCGAUUGAGGACAAACCAUUAGCUACAACAGAUUUUGUCAGAGAUGGCGAUUCUCUAUCUUUCGAUAAAAUGCAGUUUCAAGUCAUAACCACACCUGGACAUACUUUGGGUCAUUGUGUAUUUGUUCUAAAUGGAAGACCUUUCAAUUGUCCAGAUCAUAUAUUUACCGGUGAUUUAUUAUUUCAAGGUGGAAUGGGAAAAAUAUUCGAAGGAGAUCAUACACUUAUGAUUCAGUCCCUUGAUAAAAUCAUGAUGUUCAAUAACAACACUUUAAUUUGGCCUGGACAUGAAUAUAGCAAACAUUGUCUGAGGUUUGCCUGCUAUAUUGAUCCAGACAAUGUAGAAGCAGCGUCAAGAUGGGAUAAAGUAGAAACCCUAAGAAGGCAAGCUCUGUCAAGUGUAAGUCUAAGUCGAAAUUAAUGAGUAAAAGCCUUUAUCAGUUUACUCUCAGAAUAUUCCUUAUGCAAAUACAGGUUCCAUCAACUCUUGGAGAGGAGAAAGCUUAUAAUCCAUUUUUACGUUGUGAUAAUGCGUAUCUUGUAAAAUAUUGUGAGAUUCCAGAAGCAUCUGAAAAUAUAAGGGAGUCUUGUCUAAGAAAGUUACGAUUGAUCAAAGAUAACUUUGAUAAAAUGGUUAAAGAGGAAACCAAUAAAAGAAGAAAGAAUAAAAGUAGAAUGUUGUAAAUAGAUAUCUUACCAUAAUUCUCUUAAUAAUUGCAUAUUUUAGUCAUAAAUCUUUUAUAAUGAAAAGUAAUUCUUUUUUUAUAUGUAUAUGUUAUUGUUAAGAUCGUUAAUUUUAUUCUAAUUAGAGUUUAGAUUGUAAAAGUUUCAAUACAAAAAAUAACUGUCA